AUGAAGGCGGCCGUUUGCUUGCUGCUAAUGGCCGCGGUGGGGAUCAAGGCGCAGAAGCCCGAAGAGGCCGAAAGCCGCGCGGCGGGAGAGGCGCCAGAAUUCGUUUACCGCAACAGAUACAAACGCUCUGCCGAGGCCCAGGACAAAUGCACUUACACCUUCAUUGUGCCCCAGCAAAGAGUAACCGGGGCCAUUUGUGUGAACUCCAAAGAGCCCGACUCCGUGCUGGACAACAGGGUGAACAAGCAAGAGUUGGAACUUCUCAACCACGAACUCCUGAAGCAAAAGAGGCAGAUAGAGACCCUGCAGCAGCUGGUGGAGGUGGACGGCGGGAUCGUGAACGAGGUCAAGCUGCUGCGCAAGGAGAGCCGCAACAUGAACUCCCGCGUCACCCAGCUGUACAUGCAGCUGCUGCACGAGAUUAUCCGGAAACGGGACAACGCGCUGGAGCUGUCCCAGCUGGAGAACAAGAUCCUCAACCAGACGGCCGACAUGUUGCAGCUGGCGAACAAGUACAAGGACCUGGAGCACAAGUACCAGCACCUGGUCACCAUCGCCAACAAUCAGUCAUUCGUGAUCGCACAGCUGGAGGAGCACUGCCAAAGGACGCCGUCCGCCAAGCCGGUGCUGCCGCUGCCGCCGCCAAACCGCGUCUACCAGCCGCCCACGUACAACCGCAUCACCAACCAAAUAUCCACCAACGAAAUCCAGAGCGAUCAGAACUUAAAGGUCCUACCGCCGACUCUUCCCACCAUGCCCCCCGUCACCAGCGUCCCAACGUCCACCGAUAAGCCCUCAGGUCCUUGGCGAGACUGUUUACAAGCUUUAGAAGAUGGCCACGGGACCAGUUCCAUAUAUCUUGUCAAGCCUGAAAACACAAACCGAUUGAUGCAAGUCUGGUGUGAUCAGAGGCAAGAUCCCGGUGGCUGGACGGUAAUUCAAAGGCGUUUGGAUGGAUCGGUCAAUUUCUUCAGGAACUGGGAAACGUACAAGCAAGGGUUUGGUAACAUCGACGGAGAGUAUUGGCUGGGGCUGGAAAACAUCUACUGGCUGACAAACCAAGGAAACUACAAGUUGUUGAUAACCAUGGAGGACUGGUCGGGACGGAAAGUUUUCGCAGAAUACGCCAGCUUCCGUCUGGAGCCAGAAAGUGAAUUCUACAAGCUGCGAGUGGGCCGAUACAACGGUAAUGCGGGAGACUCCUUUACGUGGCACAACGGAAAACAGUUCACCACACUGGACAGAGACCACGAUGUAUACACAGGCAACUGCGCCCACUAUCAGAAAGGGGGCUGGUGGUACAAUGCGUGCGCCCACUCCAACCUCAACGGCGUCUGGUACCGAGGGGGCCACUACCGCAGUCGCUAUCAAGAUGGCGUUUAUUGGGCAGAAUUCCGGGGGGGCUCCUACUCCCUCAAGAAAGUGGUGAUGAUGAUCAGACCGAAUCCUAACACUUUCCACUGAAGGAGACAGCGUCCUCUCAAAGAGGGGCCAACUGUUAGGUGGGUUUUCUGGAACGCAGCAACAAAGAAUGUAAGAUAUUGUACCACCGACUGCUAGACAAGGAGACCUGGAUGCUGUCCUAUUCCAGAAUCAAUCUAGAACCAAAAUAAGAAGCUUUUUUGGGG